AUGCAGUGGAAGGCUAUCACAGUGGCGCUGCUCGCCGCGGCAGAGCGCGGCGCCGGCCAAGGGACAACGCCCAUGAUGCGGUUCGGGUGCUCGCAGCUGGUGGUGGAUCGUAUCGACCCCCUAGUCAACCCCGGGCAGGCGCCGUCUCCCCACCUGCAUCAGAUCGUGGGCGGUAACUCGUUCAACGUGUCCAUGGACCCAGCCACGCACGACCUGCCGACAGCGUCGACGUGCACGAGCUGCACCUUCUCCGAGGACUUUUCCAACUACUGGACGGCAGUCCUCUUCUUCCGGGCGCGCAACGGCACCUUCAAGCGCGUGCCGCAGCAGCAGGAGAUCGGGCUGAGCGGCAACGCGGGGAUCACCGUCUACUACAUCCCGCCGGCGACGGGCAAGUCGACCGUCACAGCCUUCAAGCCCGGGUUCCGCAUGCUGGUGGGCGACGCGGGCCGCAAGUCGUCGACGACGCCGGCGCCGCACAAGGUGUGCCACCGCUGCAUGCCCAAGUCGGGAGACAAGAGCAACAUCAACUGCGGCUCGCCCGACGCGCAGACCCUGCCCAAGGACUUUUGUGCCGGCGGCAUCCGCUCCAUCACCACCUUCCCCACCUGCUGGGACGGCAAGAACACCGACAGCCCCGACCACAUGAGCCAUGUCGCCUACGCCACCGGCGCCGCCGUCAACGACGUCGGCCCCACCGGCAAGUGUCCCGCCAGCCACCCCGUCGCCAUCCCCCAGGUCAUGUACGAAGUCAGGUGGCAGACGGAACUCUUCCCCAAGAGCGAGUGGCCCGCCGACGGCUCGCAGCCGUUUGUCUGGAGCACCGGCGACAAGAACGGCUACUCGCAGCACGGCGACUACGUGUUCGGCUGGAAGGGCGACUCGCUGCAGCGCGCCCUCGACGCCCGCUGCACCGGCGACACGUGCAAGGAGCUCAAGACGCAGACCGUGGCCGAGGCCGACAAGUGCACGCGCGCCCAGACGGUCCGCGAGGACGUCAACGGCUGGCUGACGAGUCUUCCGGGCGACGUCAUGGUGAUGUGA